AUGGGGAUCCGAGAGUUUCCCGGCGGCGCACCCGGGGGCAAGAGCAUCGCCGUUGGCAUGAGGAGGUCACCGGACGUCAGCCCCCGGAGACUGUCCGACAUCAGCCCGCAGCUCCGGCAGCUCAAGUUCUUGGUGGUGGACGAGGCCAUCAAGGAGGACCUGAAAUGGUCGCGCUCCGUGGAGGACCUCACCGGCGGGCCCGUGGGGCUCACGUCCAUCGAGGAACGUAUCCUGAGAAUCACCGGCUACUACGGCUACCAGCCCUGGGCAGCCAGCUACAAAAGGGAGGAGCACCCGCGGGAGCCCCCGGGCCCAGCGGAGGCCCCAGCGCCGGCGGGGACAGAGGCCGGCGGGACAGCGCGGCGCCAUGGUGGCUGCGGGUCGUGCUCCCGGGUGCGGCUGCGGAAGGCCCUGUGCGGCGUGGCUGUGGCGCUGUCCGUGUGCGCCUCCUGGGCGGGCUGCACGCAGCUGGCCAAGCAGACCUUCGGCAAGUUCGACGCACCCUUCACCCUCACGUGGUUUGCCACCAACUGGAACUUUCUGUUCUUCCCGCUGUACUAUGCGGGCCACGUCUGCAAGUCCACGGAAAAGCAGUCGGUGAAACAGAGGUACAGGGAAUGCUGUCGAUUUUUUGGAGACAAUGGCUUGACUUUGAAGGUGUUUUUUACCAAAGCAGCCCCCUUUGGCGUUCUUUGGACACUCACAAACUACCUGUACUUACAUGCAAUAAAGAAAAUAAACACUACGGAUGUCUCCGUGUUGUUCUGCUGCAACAAAGCGUUUGUGUUCUUGCUUUCAUGGAUCGUUCUCAGGGACAGGUUCAUGGGAGUGAGGAUCGUGGCUGCCAUCCUGGCCAUCGCUGGCAUUGUGAUGAUGACCUACGCUGACGGCUUCCACAGCCACUCGGUCAUCGGCAUCGCGCUGGUGGUGGGCUCCGCGUCCACGUCUGCCCUCUACAAGGUACUGUUCAAGCUCCUCCUAGGCAGUGCAAAGUUCGGAGAAGCCGCCUUAUUUCUGUCCAUCUUGGGGGUGUUUAACAUCCUCUUCAUCACGUGCGUUCCUGUUGUCCUCUACUUUACCAAAGUGGAAUACUGGAGCUCCUUUGAUGACAUUCCAUGGGGAAACCUUUGUGGAUUUUCAGUUCUCUUAUUGACAUUCAAUAUUGUAUUAAAUUUUGGAAUCGCUGUUACAUAUCCCACUCUGAUGUCUCUUGGAAUCGUCCUCAGUGUACCUGUGAACGCAGUGGUGGAUCACUACACCAGCCAGAUAGUCUUCAACGGGGUCCGGGUCAUUGCCAUCAUCAUCAUCGGCCUGGGCUUCCUCCUGCUGCUGCUGCCCGAGGAGUGGGACGUCUGGUUGACCAAGCUGCUCACCCGCCUCAAAGUGAGGAAGAAAGAGGAGCCGGCUGAGGGCGGUGGGGACCCGGGCUCAGGUCCUCAGGGCAAGGCCCGGAGAGCCCGUCCUUCCCUGGCCCGCUGA